UUAUUUUUACACUUACAUGUUUCUUUCUGCCUAAAAAGAAAAUAUGACUGGUCGUGGUUUAACCGAAGAACAAAUAGAUGAAUUAAGAGAAACUUUUGGAUUAUUUGAUAAAGAUCAUGAUGGACAUAUAACAAUACAAGAAUUACGUUCAAUGAUGAAAUUAUUCAAUCGACCGUGUUCAUUAGAUGAAGCCAAAGAAAUUAUGUCAGAAGUCGACAAAAAUAAUGAUGGUGUUAUUGACUUUAGAGAAUUUGUUGAAUUAAUGUAUCCCUUAAUGACAUCAAAUAAUAUGGAUGAUGCAAAUUUAAGAGCAUCAUUUGAAUUUUUUGAUAAAGAUAAAGAUGGUAGUAUUACAACAAAAGAAUUAAAAAGUGUUCUACAAAGUUUACACUUAAAAUUAACUGAUAGUGAAAUUGAUGAAAUGAUUUGUGAAGCAGAUGCUGAUAAAAAUGGGACUAUAUCCUUUGAAGAGUUUAAAUCUGUCAUGAAUAAACGUAAAAAGUAACAAACAAACUUGUAUGGUAUUUAUUAUGCAAGGAUAUCUAUUUUAGUUUUUUUUUUUUAGUUUUCAACCAUUUGUUGAAAUUUAUUUAUUUGAGUGCAUAAAUGAAUAUCCGACCUACUU